UCUCAGAGAUGGCAUGUAUUUCACUGACGCGUGGAUCAGUCGUAUCAAACCUGAUGUUGGAGACAACUGGAGGUUAAAGAUCAGCAAUUUAAAGAAGAUAUUGAAAGGUAUUCUGGAUUACAACCAUGAGGUGUUGGGGCAGCAGAUCAAUGACUUCACUCUUCCAGACGUCAGUCUCAUCGCAGAGCAUUCAGAUUCAGCUGAACUGGGCCGAAUGUUGCAGCUCAUCCUGGGCUGUGCUGUUAACUGCGAAAAGAAGCAAGAGUAUAUCCAGACCAUCAUGAUGAUGGAGGAGUCUGUGCAGCACGUGGUCAUGACAGCCAUCCAGGAGCUGAUGAGUAAAGAGUCGCCCGUGUCCUCCGGAAACGACUCGUACGUCGAUCUGGACCGUCAGCUGAAGAAGACGGUGGAGGAUCUAAACGACGCUUUGGCCAGUAAAGAGGAGAUCGCUCAGAGGUGUCACGAGCUGGACAUGCAGGUGGCGGCGCUCCAGGAGGAGAAGAGCAGUCUUCUGGCUGAGAACCAGGUGCUGAUGGAGCGGCUCAACCAGUCGGACUCCAUCGAGGAUCUGAACAGCCCGGCAGGACGCAGACACCUGCAGCUUCAGACGCAGCUGGAGCAGCUGCAGGAGGAGACCUUCAGAUUGGAGGCGGCUAAAGACGAUUACCGCAUCCGCUGCGAGGAGCUGGAGAAGGAGCUGAUGGAGGUCAGAGGUCAGAAUGAGGAGCUGAGCUCUCUGGCCGAGGAGGCGCAGUCGCUCAAAGACGAGAUGGAUGUGCUGAGGCACUCGUCUGAUAAGGUGUCGAAGCUGGAGGCGCAGGUGGAGGUGUAUAAGAAGAAGCUGGAGGAUCUGGGUGAUCUGAGGCGGCAGGUGAAGCUGCUGGAGGAGAAGAACACCAGCUACAUGCAGAACACAGUGACGCUGGAGGAAGAUCUGCGCAAGGCCAAUGCCGCUCGAGGACAGCUGGAGACCUACAAGAGACAGGUGGUGGAGCUUCAGAACAAGCUCUCCGAGGAGUCCAAGAAAGCCAACAAGAUGGAGUUUGAGUAUAAACGAGUCAAGGAGAAAGUCGACUCUCUUCAGAAGGAGAAAGAUCGCUUGAGGACAGAGCGAGACUCUCUGAAGGAGACUAUUGAGGAGCUGAGGUGUGUUAAAGCUCAAGAGUCUCAGCUGACGUCAGGUUUAGUGCCGCUCAGCAGUAACGAGCCGUCUGACUUGCUGUCUGCAGAAAUCGUCACACCAGAGUUUAGGGAGCGUCUGAUUCGCCUGCAGCAUGAGAAUAAGAUGCUGAAACUGGCUCAGGAGGGAUCAGAUAACGAACAGAUCGCUCUGCUGCAGAGUUUACUGGAGGACGCUAACAGCAGGAAGAACGAUCUGGAGACAGAGAACAGGCUGGUGAAUCAGAGGCUGCUGGAGGGUCAGUCUCAGGUGGAGGAGCUGCAGAAGUCUCUUCAGGAACACGGAUCCAAAGCAGAAGAUACGGUGCUCAUGAAGAGGAAGUGUCAGGAACACCUGGAGAAAUUAAUGGACGCCACUAACGAGCUUCAGAAGAAGAGUGCAGCGAUCGAAGAGCUGGAGAACAAACACUCUUCCAGCGGUGAGACUCACUGAUGAUCAUACAUGGAUACGUGUGUGUGUGUGUGUGU